AUGGCGCUCGGUGCCGUGUUGGAACCUCUGAUCGUGGUCAGCUUGUUGGCCUUUGGCACCAUCGUCAACCGCAACAGAAGCCGCGCUGUCCUGGCCCGCUCACCACUCUCCACGAGCCGACCCGAACCGUGGCAGCACCUCAAAUACAGCGCCGAUUCAGAGGAUGAGGACGUCGAGGCUGGUAGAGGCAAGGAGGACGAGCGCACCUUGCUGCCCUCGUCACUGAGUCGGUCUAGCAAUAGCUCGAGUAGCACACUGGCAGAGGACCUCUCCACCGACAACAAGGUGACUUCGAAGUGGCAGAAACGGAGGUUGCGCUUCAUGGGGUGCUGCAACGGUUUCCCAUUCCUCGCUGAGGUCUGGUACUGGGCUCUUAUCUACUGGGUAUAUCAACUCGGACGAGCCUUCACUGCCGUGACACUCCAAGAAGACACCGUCGACACUGCCCGCGAGCAUGGGCUCCAGGUCAUCCGCCUCGAACAGGCCCUGGGCAUCUUCGUCGAGCCCGCUGUGCAGCAAUGGUUUCUCGAGCGCCCCACGCUCAUGCGGUGGACAAACAAGACGUACUCGUUCAUACACAUCCCCGGCACAAUCCUCUACCUCAUCGUGCUCUACCACAUCACGACCGCGAGGCCACGACACAAGUUGCAGGAAGAACACGGCGGGAAAUCGGUGCUUGAGAACUGGAGAGACCUUGCGCCGCCUUUCGGGCCCGCCAUCUUUGAACGGAGGCGGAGGACCAUGGCCAUGUGUAACUUGCUCGCCUUCAUCGUCUUUACCCUCUGGCCAUGCAUGCCGCCGCGGUUGCUGAGCGAUCCGAGCUACAUGGGCGAGUACGCGCAGGAGGCCAAGAGCUUUGGGUUUGUGGAUACUGUCCACGGCGCCGACGGCGACAGCAGUGUUUGGACGACCAACCGGUUCUGCAACCAAUACGCUGCCAUGCCUUCCCUUCACUUCGGUUACUCCUUCCUCGUCGGCCUUACCAUUGCCGCCGUGCCCCUGAGGAGGCGUGGCCGGUUCGGAUGGAGGCGUCUGGCCAUCGUUGGCCUCGGCAUGGUCUACCCUGCCGUCAUCUUGACCGCAAUCGUUGCAACGGCAAACCAUUAUAUCCUGGAUGCGGUCGCUGGCGCCAUCGCCUGCUUGCUUGCCUGGAACUUCAACGACCUCCUGCUGAACCUACUGCCCCUGGAGGACUAUUUCUUGGCGUUGGUCAGGAUACCGCGAAUGGUAGUGGUUGCUAGGAAAACCACCUAA